UUUACGAUUGACGAUAAAUACUUUUGCUUUUCGGUUGUUUAUUUGACUACUCAUUUCGCUGUAAUUUAUUAAUUUCCCUUUUAGAACAAAUGUUACGCCGCAUUCCAAUUUUAUAAGUAUUUUUCUUGCUCCUAUACCAAAACCGCAAAAUUACAAAAAUCCCUUGCAUAGUAUUUACUGCUUGUUUCUGUACAUUUCGAAAAACGCAGUAAUACGAGAAAAGUUUCAUAAUCAAUAAUCCAUGUUGAAUUAAUCAAUAAAUAUGAUAUGAUGACUACAAAACGAGUCUUUCGACAAAUGACAUCAAGAGACUGCAGUCUCGGGACAAAAGUACAUUGAUUAGGAAAUAUGUCGCAAAAGGAACGUAGUCGUCAAAGUCGUAGCGAGCGCCAUCUGUGGUGUCUCAACACUGUCGGUACCAAAAUUUGAUUUUCGUGGAGCACAUGGUUGUCAGCGUGUUAACGAAACGAUUAAUUAAAAAAGUGAUAAAUCUUCCAAAACAUCUGACAAAAUGCCGAAAUCUAAAAGAGACAAGAAAAUAUCGCUCACGAAAACAAGUAAAAAAGGUAAAGCGUUAAAGGACCAUAUCAUAAACGACAUCAAAGUUUGCGCCGAUAAAUAUGAGCGCAUUUUCUUGUUUUCUGUACGAAACAUGCGGAACAACAAGCUAAAGGGCAUAAGAGAAGAAUGGAAUGAUAGUAGAUUUUUUUUCGCCAAAAAUAAAAUCAUGGCGCUUGGUUUGGGCAGGAAACCUGAGGAGGAGGUUGUCGAUGGAAUUCACAAAUUGUCCCUGGCUCUUAAGGGACAAUGUGGACUGUUGUUUACUAACAGAUCCAAAUCAAAAGUUCUCGAAUGGAUGAACCAAUAUGAAGAAGAGGACUAUGCAAGAUCCGGUUUUGUUGUUAAAGAAACAAUUGUGCUUCCGGAAGGUCCUUUGCCCGAUUUCUCGCAUAGUAUCGAACCGCAUUUGCGACAAUUAGGCAUGCCAACUGCUCUGCAAAAAGGUGUAGUGACGCUAAUCAAAGAUUACGAAGUUUGCAAAAAAGGACAUCAAUUAACGCCCGAACAAGCAAGGAUAUUGAAACUUUUUGGCAGACAGUUGGCCGCCUUCAAAUUAAAACCUCUAGGUUUCUUUUCUAAGAAGAAAGGUUUCAAGCAAUUGGCUGUGAACGAGGAUUCUGAUCAAGAAAUGGAUGUCGAUGGUUUGGACGAAACGUGAAACGCAUGUUAUGUAAAGUUUGACAACAAUAAAAACAAAUUUGUACAUAUUCCAUAA